AUGAACUCAAAUCUCCCUAUCCAAAUCAAAGUUGUAAUUCUCGGAGACUCCGGCGUUGGCAAAUCCAGCAUUAUCUUACGUUUUGUCUAUGACGACUUUAAAGGCGAAACAGAUUCCACCAUAGGAGCAGCUUACAAAGGCAAAGUCUACCAGCACAACAACUGCAAUAUCCAGUUCAAUAUUUGGGAUACUGCAGGUCAGGAAAAAUUCAAAAGUUUAGCAAAAAUGUACUAUAGAGAUGCAACAGCAGCAAUUUUGGUUUAUGAUAUCACAAAUUCACAGACCUAUGAUGGGCUGAAAGAAUGAUACAGAGAACUUAAAGAGUUUGGCCCAGAAGAUAUUAUUCUGUGUAUUGCUGGAAAUAAAGAAGACUUGGUGGAUUCAGAAAGUGUGCAGCUUGACACUGUUGAAGAAUUUGCAGAAUCGAUAGGAGCUUAUUAUAAGAGGACUUCUGCAAAAACUAAUUAUGGAAUUGAUAUGAUUUUUAAAGAAAUUGCUAAUAAAGUAUGUGCUGAUAAGAGGACAACCCAACAGACGAUUUUAGGCUCAAUGACACUUUUACAAGAAAAUAUACCUCAAAAGAAAAAAGGAUGCUGCUAACUCCUUAUUAAUAUAAAUAUUAUUAAGCAGAAUUAUUGAAAAAAAACAAAAUUUAAUAUUAUAUCAAAGAUUUGAAACAUAUUAAAAUAUCUUAAUUAAAAUUAAAGCCAGCUAUCAAUUUUUUUAAGAGUUGGGCUUAAUUUUGGGAAGUCUCCACACAUGGAAGAAUUUUCCACGUGUGGAGACCCUCCAAUUGUGCCAACAGAUAAUAUUAAAAAGAAAUUUUUAAGUUUUGAAAAAUAAUAGUUUUGUAUUCUCAGCAAUAGAGUAA